AUGUCGAAUGCUAAAAAGGAUGACAAGUUUUCAUUGAAAGCUGUGGUGAAUAUGAAGAAACGAAAGGUUCUAUUUGCAGAAGUAGACAGUGCAUUUGCAGAUGUGCUGCUGAGCUUCCUAACUUUGCCAUUGGGAACUAUUGUCAAAAUCUUGAAGAAGCGCAGUAAAGAUUUAGAUCUACACAUUGGAAGCUUGACCAGUUUGUACACUGGUUUAGCAAAUCUCGACAGUGACCGUUUCUUGACGGAAGGUGCUAAGUCGGUUCUGCUGCAUCCACGAAGCUCAUCCGGUGACGAACGUCAAACACUAAAGCUCGAUAUUAGUGAUUAUCCACCGUUGGAAUAUUUCAAUUGUUCCAAGAAAUGCAUCUCUUAUGUUGGAGUUCGAAGCAUGAUCAUGUAUUAUGACGUUGGUUACUGCGUAUACUGCCGUCAAAAAAUGGAAAAAGUAGUUCAAAGCGAAACUCGCACUGUUCCUUGUGAUGAUGAAGUUUACUUGAAGAAGAAAACAUCUUCUUUUCUUAUCACUGAUGAUCUGCGUAUAAUGCCUAAUUCUGGUCUAUUGCAAAUUUCAAGCUUACUUGGCGAUGCAGACUUGGUUGAGGCCGAGACGAUGACCGUUAGCUUUGGAUUAUCUGAGGUCAUGGAUUUGCUCCUGUAUUCGUUGCUUUCGAUCAAUCCAUUGUCCGUUGCCAUACUCAGUGCAAAAAUAGAAUUUACAAAGGCAACUGAAUUCACUACUUAUGCAUCGGACAACUGCAUGAUGGGUUUGAAAUUGAUCGUGCAAAAGUCCACGAGCAAGCUUCUGUAUGCUGAAGCUGAGGAAGAUUUCGUAGACUUUCUGUUUAGCUUCCUUGUAAUCCCACUAGGUGGAGUCGAGUCCCUUUUGUGGAGUAACUCUUAUGUUAAGGCUAUUGACAACUUGCAUAAGAGUACAACUGAUCUUAUCCGCGAAAAGUAUUUCAAGUCUUCCGAUACCAAAAAUAGGUUAUUAAAGCCCAACAUACCUCAUGGUUAUAAAUCCAAAAAUCACAUUUUACCCCUAACUGAAGAUCAGUUGCCUAUUGUCAAUGGGAGUGUCAAUUGGCUUGCCCCUUCAACCAAGUUUCCGAAAGGGCAAGGGAGUUAUCUUGUAGGACCAAGGACUUAUAAGGUGACAGAUGAUUUAACCGUCACACCUUUUUGUACUCUCUCUAUCCUUGAGACUCUGGUUAAGAUGAAAAUCCCAGUUUCUGAUGUUGAAGAAUUGAAGCUGGAUAUCGGAACAAAUAAGGGUUUGAGCAUUCUCAGAGCUUCUCUUACAUCAAAAUGUGCUCUCACCGACGCUCUGCUCACUCCAAUAUUGAAAGCAAGACAAAAGAAACAAAAAGUGUGA